UUGGCAGAUUUUCAGAAUGAAUGCAAACACCUUUGAAAGAAAAACACCCACGAAAUAUCAUGAAUGCAAAAUUGAAGAAUGUUAGACCUGGUGACUAACUUUUUCAACAGAGCUGGAAGGGGAUAUCCCCUUGUGGAGCUACAGAAUGUGACUUACAUCCAGUGUCGCUACGUUUAUUGAAUAUUUGACAACCAGAAUGGCACUUGAAAAACUUUGACGUGGGAUAUUUGUAAUGCUGUUCUUUCGACAUGUAAAAUCACUCACUUUCAGGUUCGGGUAAUCCCCGGGUCUGUUGCAUGUGGACUUUUUCUGUUGUUAACAAUCACGAAAAGUGAUCGACUAGGCCUAUUCAUCUGUAAAAUGUUGUGUGAUUUCUUUACAUUUAGUUAAAUUAUCUCAAAAAUGAUGUCGUUUAUGAUGAAAAAGAAGCGUUUCAAGUUCCAUGUAAACUUUUGCAUUGAGGAAUUGUCAUCUGUGCCUUAUGUUAGUGGAAUAUUAUUUGCAAAGAUUCGACUGCUGGAUGGUGGCAACUUUGCAGGCCAGUCUGAAAGGCAGGACAUCAUCAACAACUGUGUGAAGUGGAAGGCUCCCUUUAGUUUCCAGUGUAAGAUGACUGCCAACGCUAAUACUGGGUCAUUGGACGAGUGUAAAUGUCGCAUCUCUGUCCGAAGGGAGCUGAAAGGAGGGAGGACAUACCAGAAGCUCGGGUAUAAGGAUGUGGACUUGGCAGAGUAUGCUGGGUCAGGUUGUCAGACUCAGAAAUUCCUUCUAGAGGGCUAUGACUCCAAACAUAGACAAGACAAUUCCGUCCUGGAGGUUACCGUUGAGAUGUCCUUGGUGUCCGGGGACCCUGUGUUCAAAGUUCCUCAAAAGAGCAAGUCUGUGUUUUACCGUCUACCGAUGGAGAUGAUGGAUGUGCAGGAACAGGAAGCGCGGGGGAUUGAGGACUGUAGUGAGGGAAGUCUUGCCUCCAACAGCAGCGGGUUUGACAGUCUCCCCAGGAAAGACCGUCCUGCAAUCCUCCCUGUUGAAAAUCCCCCGGAGUUUGACAGUAACCAUGACUUUGAGAAGAGCCAUUCACGAAACAACAGCUAUGCAAGUCAGCAUUCUAAAGGUUCAACAGGCUAUGUCUCAUUAUCACACAGUCGACAGUCCAGUAUAGGCAAUGAAAACCCCACCCAUACAAGAAGUCCAAGUGCUGGAUCUGCUCUCAUCAAUGAUCUCAUCAAAGGCGACCGCAGAAAGAAAUUUGAGGACUCUACGAAGGAGAAGAGGAUGGAUUCCACACGAGUAGAUGCCACAGGGGUUGUUGAUGAACUCCUCAACUCGGCAGACCUUCUAUCCUCACGGGAAGAAAGUUCAGGACUACAGCUGCUGGUAGAUAAAGAUGGUACAACGGCCCUAAGGUGACCACAGAGGUUAAAGUGAUGGGUGUUGUUCUGUUGAAACCAGGAAUUAAAGCCAUUCAGCCCUCAGGUGACAUCAGCAGUGAAAGUGAUGGGUGUCGUUCAGAAGAAAUUAGGAAUCAUAAUUGUUUGACACCUAGGCAACCUCAGGAGUCUAAGUGAUAUGCAUCAUUCUGAUGAACCUGGGAACAAUAGCUGUUUGGCUAAAACCCUUGGUGUUGGACUUUCUAUUAUUAUCCCUGUAUAUGUCUCCACAGGAACAAGCAAAUCCAUUAAGGAAGAGAAUUCCAGCCUGUCUCUGUUGCAAGACACUCUAGGAUCCUGGACUCAUUCCUGUUUUAUUCUAUCAUAUGUUGUAAAAUGAUGUUUCAUUGAACAGAAACAAGACUUUGUGAUUUUGAUUUUAGAAAACUUUCCUGGAAAAGAUAUGAAUUCAACAAAUCCAAUUCCUAUGUUGUGAUUUUCUUAAGGUUUCUAAAGGCAUUAAGAUAUAUCUUACAAAUCUUUUAUAGUCUACCAUGGAGAUGUUUACAGCUUACCAUGGAAAUGUUUACAUGUUACAAUGGAAAUAUUUAUAAGUUACCAUUAAAAUGUUAAUACUUAAUCAUGACACUGUAUUAAGCCAUGGCAGUGUUUAUGGCAGUCAUGGCAUUGUUUAUAUGUACUGCAGCCAUUGCCAUUAUAAGUUAUUGUAAAACAGUAUGUAAGUAUUUGAACAUGUUACUCCUAUUAAGGUUCUAUGUGGUGUUAAGAGAUAGAAAAAGAGAAUACACUAGGAUUCAAGGGAGAUAACUGCAUUUCUAUUUUUAGAUUCUCCCAUUUGAGCUUUUCUAAUGGUACGCUUGGUGCUAUUACAUUAUGUCUCAUUUCAUCUCAUUAAACCUGGUCAGACUACGAAGUAGAUUUAACUAGCCUUCGCUUACGGCGCUAUUGCAUAAGCUGUUGAAACAGUUGGAGAGUGAAGUAAAAGAGGCAGGUACAGAUCGGGACUGAGGCUGGACUGCGUAAUAUUUGGCAUGUGCAGUUUCAGUGGUCAAGCUGUACCUGCCAGAAACUGACUUGUUGAAUAUCAUUAGUUUUUAAGAAUUUCAGCAUAAAAAGCAGGGUCAGUGCACUCACAUAUUUUCGGGAGCAUUGUGCUAUAAAGUAUGAGUGAAAUGGAUGGUAUCUUAACUUUAGUUAAUUGAUUUAUGAUAGACAGGAAAUUCUGAAAAUGUUCAUUUUGAGCUUUACAUAUAUUUUUUAGGUCCAACAUCAGGUACAAGUGCAUUCAUGUAUAGUGGAAUAAUUCCAGAUCACCUGAUCCAUUUCAACCGCGUAACGGAAAUGCUGCCUAAAAUUCUGCCUGUUAUCUCCACCUCAACUUUUGCUGUACCACACUUUGUCAGGGGGGAUAAUUGUAAAUCUGAUGUUGCAUCAGAACACUUUUGCCAAGGGGGAUUACUGGAUUCAAAAUAGACUGUUUGGAGAUAGGGAGAUAACUCCAUCACUUGAAUGAAUAAGCCACACCAGAAAAUAAGUCUGUUAAAUUGGACUUAAAAAGAUAACUGCUAUGCUUUCUAAGAUAUCACACCAACACUAUAAUAUUAAAUUCGGUAAAUUCCAGUAGAAAACGAUAUCACACGAGAUCAUUGUAACUUGGCCAGUGUUGGAGGUGAAGGUUGACUCCUGUGUAUUCAGAUUUACCAGAUCUGUGUUCAGUAGAAAAACAUGUUUAACCAUUUCACAGUAUACUGAAGACUGUUUUUUGGUGGUUGUUGUCUAGGAGUAUGAAGUAAUGAAAUAUUUUGUAAUGUGGAUUUUUUUGUAAAAACUCUGUGAGAUCAUGUUAUACUGAUUUGAACUGGUAAUCAAGACCAUGUUUGUAUGAUGAUUACCAAUAUCUCUGCCUGCUGAUUGAUUUCCUGUGCCUUACAGAGAAAUUUUUUAUUGUCAUUUAUCACGCUGUGAACAACAGGGUAUUCAUUGUUUAUCAUGGACACUGUUAAAGUUAGGAUAUUUAUGGCUGUUGUUGUAUUAGUUCUGUAGAUACAGAAUCUCAUCAUUGUCAUUAGAAAUGUGUUAUUGUAUAGAUAACAUGUUAUAACGUGUAAGUAGACGGCCCCAUAUGUUCUGUAGUGUUAUUAUAACAACACUUUAGUGUGUUAUGAUAUAAUUUGAUCAUUAUCUCCUAUCAUGUAUCAUAUCAUAACCAAUAACUAACAAAACCUAUCAUCGAAACUUUCACCCCAGUUGUGAACCUCAGAUCUCCAUCAUAGAAUAUCUUUCACAAGUUGUCAAUCCUUUGUAAACCCAACACCGUUGCUAUGCCUAUUGCUUCCUCCUCGUGAAAUUUUUCUGUCUCAAAUUUUAAACUGUAUUCUUAAUGUAAUACUGAUUAUGUUGAUGGCUUUGUUUUACCUACUGACUAAACAUUCCUUAUGAUUGUCCAACAGGUGCUACAGAUGACACAGCAGUGAGGCAGUCUUAAAGUUACUUCUGAUUGCUUUACCAUUUAAAGCUCAGACUUUUUUCUAUACUUAUAACCCUCAUAACCUACCAUGUAAAGCUCGGACAUAUUUAUUUACCUAGUUUUCUUAACCAAACAUUGAGAGCUCAAAUAUAAUUUCUGUGCUUACUUUUCAUAACCUCAAACAUAUUUCUGUGUCUAUAGUUUUCAUAACUUACCAUGUAGAGUUCUGGAGGUUAAUGUAACAAGUAUAAUAUUUCUGUUUCUAAAUUGUUAUUUAUAAAAGUUCGUUUAGACAAUAUAUUUUGUAUAGGACUGUACUAUUGUCUUUGUCUCUCCUUGUGUGUCAGCUGUCAGCAUAUUAAAUGUACCCACCAUGUUUGUGUUUCUGUACAAUAAUAAUGAAUCACUCCUGAAAACCUUUUCCGAACAGAUGACCUAGUGUUAGUCGCUUCCUACCGUACUACACAAGGCACAGGCCAUGCUAAAAGUAGAACUACAUAAAUAAAUUUUCCAGGGUUUGACAAGCAACAAAACAAGGUUUAAUUUUCCGUCAAAUUAACACUUUGAUAUAGUUUCAGUUACCAGGUUUGACAAACUAACACCAGACAUGCAAGGUUAUGUGUAUUCUCCUUACAGAAAACAUGUCUCACUGUUUAUAUAGAUGGUACUGACACAUGUUGUAUAUAUAGUAAGUCAGUUUCCCCUGUAUAUUACAUAGCAUUGAUCUGUGUUUUAACUAAUAUAUAUAUAUAUAAAGUACUAGACCAAAUGCUCAACAGUUAUAGUGCAUCAUUACAAGAUAAUUUUGUGAUUUUAAUUAAUUUUUCUAUAAUUGAAUUAAGUAUUAUGCCUCACCAAAUCCACUGCAUAUUAGUCUCUUUUGGUGGCAGUACCUUGCCUCACCAAAUCCACCAUAUAUUGGUCUGUGUUGGGCAGUACUUUGCCUCACCAAAUCCACCAUAUAUUGGUCUGUUGUGGGCGGUAUCAUGCCUCACCAAUUUUACCAUAUAUUGGUGGGAAGUAAUCUUAAGAUUCAAAAUGAAUAGUGUCUACUCUCUUGAUUUGGUGACAGUUAUUGGUUAUACAUAUCUAUCAUCUAUUGAAUUCCGUGAUUUGAUUAAUUGGUGUCACGAGAGAUAGAAUGACAUAGUGAAGUUUGCCUCUUUUGAGAGGAAAUUACUUUUUGGAGAUGGUUUCACUAGAAAUUGGAUUGCUUAAUGGGGGUGGUCUCUUUAGAGAGGAAAAUGCUUAGUAAAGGUGGUCUUGUAAGACAGGGAUUUGCUUGGUGGAGAUCAUUUGUUUAGAAACAUAAUUACUUGCUGGUGAUGGUCUCUUCAGAAAGUAAAAUGCUUAAUGGAGGUGGUUUUUGUAGUAAAUUCGACUGUAGUUCACAAAUUUAGAGAAGUAAAAAGGAAUUUUAAGAAGUUUUGAAAUAUAGAUAAAUAAAGUGAUAGAAAUUUAUUAAAAUGAGAAUGAUUAAUUGUAACUGUUGUAUUUUUUCUGUCUUGCAAACUAACCCAACUUGGAAUCUGGUACUACAAAGAGCUGAUAUAUAUGUAUUGGAGAUGUUGUAACCAUUGAGUUUAUAUACCCAAGGUACUUACUGAUUCUCCAACAUUGACAAACUCCUCAAUAUAAUCAGCACCAUGAAAUUACCUGUACAGACCAAUUCAGAGCCAAAAAGACAUGUGAUUACUGUUGUAUGAUUGCUGGGUUCACUGUGAUAGAUGUGACAUUUGCCUCCCCACAUCCACAUUUCUGAAGAAAUUUUAGAGCUCGGCUUUACUGCCAGAAUAGAAAUCCUUAACUAUGAUAAAUGUUUAGAGUGAUUUAGGGGAGAGAAGAAAAGGUCUUUUAAGUUGAGCAGAGAGAACACAUGUCCUUUCAGCUGAUGUGUAUCCCAUCAAGUAAUGCAUGUCCCAUAAGGUGAUGUUUGUCCCUCAGGUGAUGCAUGUCCAAUCCGGUGAUGCAUGUCCUCAGGUGAUGUGUGUCCAAUCAGGUUCUGUGUGUCCCUUAGGUGAUGUGUGUCCCUCAGGUGAUGUGUGUCCCUUAGGUGAUGUGAGUCCCAUCAGGUGAUGUGUGUCCCUUAGGUGAUGUGUGUCCCUCAAGUGAUGUGUGUCCCUCAGGUGAUGUGUGUCCCUUAGGUGAUGUGUGUCCCUCAGGUGAUGCAUGCCACUGAUGGAUGGUCAUGCAAGUGUUAUGUGCCACUGAGUUGGUGAUACAGUAUACAUUACACAAUGUUUAUAUAAAAUAGGUUGUUACCAGAAAAUGAUGACAGCACAAAAUGACAUUAGUGUGUCUUGAUCUUAAUGUAUUUGUGUUUGAUCUGUGAACACCUUGUACCACAGAAUUAUAAUUUGCUGAUUUGUUUUCUAACGUAAAAUUAGUUAUCAAAUUAUGUAACUGUCAUUUAUUAUGAAACCUGUAAUGUUGGAAUGUAUAAUCCCCAUGGAUUCCCGUAAACAACGACGUGUAACCUGGCUGCUGUUUUAGAACCAAUACCUUGGCCAUAGUUUACAGGUAACUCCAGCCACUCUAGCAUUAGGGUUUAAAACUAGCUUUGAUUCUACCUCAUUUAUACCAGUGAUAUAGUAUUGAGUGUUGAUUAUCAUCACAACUUAACCUGGGCUACAUUUCUACUCCUAAAUAAGUUUUCAGUGAUUUAACUCUGAUGUUAUAAUGAUUUAUGACAUGUUUGUCAGUGAAAUAUAUGGAUAGGAAUUUAUCAAUUUGAUAAAAACUUCUAUAAUUUCUGCAUCACUACUUGUGAUGUCAUCAAUUUUCCAAUGAUUGUUUCACUUUUUCGUCAAUUUUCUGCUGAUAUUUUCCAAACUUUUUUGAACGACACUUCAUUUUAUGUUAAGAACAGCUUUCAAGUUUUUCUUCUUUAAAACUUAAUAAAAAGGAGAUUUAAUGGUUUCUCAUUAAAUAUCACUUGUGAAAUAUAAAUGGUAAACCAUUAAAUACUCUGUCUUCUCAUUAGUUUAUCUCAGAUUGAUGGCAGAAUCUUAAUGUUCUCUAGCUUUAGAUAAUUUAUUCAGUAGUUUUGCAAGAUUCCAACACAGCUUGUAGAUUUUUGUUAAUGAUAAAGCUUUGCUCAAAUAUUGCUGACACCCAUGCCUGGUGAGAGGCCUGUAGUACUUUGCCUCAUUGAACAAAUGUUUGAUUCAUUUAUAACCCUGUAUAUUAUAACUGUACUAGAUUUUGUGUACUGUUGUAUGUCUUUACUGAUCAUUAAGGUCAGUUUCACUGGUCUUAAUUGGUCAUUGUGGUCAGUCUCACUGGUCUUCACUGGUCAAUGUGUUCAGACUCGCCUGUAUCUGUCUAUAUAUUAGCUCGAAACCUUUAUUUAAGCGCGAUUAAUUUUAAUAUUUAGAACAAUACUGGUUUCUUUCACUACCCUUCAUACCUGUGAUGUGAAUUAAGACCGUAUGCAGCGUUUCAUGUCGUACCUGUGAUCAUCAUGUUAGAAGUGCACCCUUUAAUAUUUAAUGCAGCUGUAUCAUUUGUUAACAAAACACGUGUUCUUAGCAUUGCUUUAACUCAAGAUCUAGAUACAUAUGUAGUUUAUGCAGUUUUAUGCCUAUGAAAAUAGCUUCUUAAUGCAUAGUCGUUGUUUUCAACUUAAAGAGAGUAAAGAUAAGCUCAGUUUUAGCUCAGAAAAAUAAACAAGAAAAUUUUGCCAGGUUGUGUACCAGUGAUACUAACCAUACAGAUUCCAGUCUGAUUAUAACAUCAAUGACCUGUAAGUUUAAUCAGACUGGGACCUCCAUGUCUAUAAAACUGUUUACAUUCUGUGUCAUCCGUCAUGGUAGAAUUUCUGAUACAUACUAUUAUCAGAACUUACUUCUAUCUUAGUUUUAAUACUAAAGAAUAAAUGUUUGUAAAAACUUAACAA